GCUCGCAGAAAAGAAAAGGCGAAGGCAAAAGAUUUUCUUGAGAAGAAAGAAAUUGAAGAGUAGAGAAGUACAGAGCUUCUUCUUCUUCUUCUUCAUCAUCAUCAUAAGCUGCUCUCUUCUUUCAUUUCGUGUUCCACAAAUUUUCAAUCCAAACUCUCUCUCCGUUAGGGCAAACAACCACCGACAAUGAGUAGUAUUGGCACCGGUUACGAUCUUUCCGUCACCACAUUCUCCCCCGAUGGCCGUGUGUUUCAGAUCGAGUACGCCGCUAAGGCCGUCGACAACAGCGGGACUGUUAUUGGAAUCAAAUGCAAAGACGGAGUCGUUAUGGGCGUGGAAAAGCUUAUUACCUCUAAGAUGAUGCUUCCUGGCUCUAAUAGAAGAAUUCACGCUGUUCAUCGUCAUUCUGGCAUGGCUGUGGCUGGAUUAGCAGCAGAUGGAAGACAGAUAGUUGCUCGAGCUAAGUCUGAAGCGACCAACUACGAAAGUGUUUAUGGUGAACCAAUCCCUGUUAAGGAACUGGCUGAUCGGGUUGCUAGUUAUGUGCAUCUCUGUACACUUUACUGGUGGCUCAGACCAUUUGGUUGUGGUGUAAUUCUCGGAGGUUAUGAUAGAGAUGGACCACAAUUGUACAUGGUUGAACCAUCGGGUGUUUCCUACAGAUACUAUGGUGCAGCAAUUGGGAAGGGCAGGCAAGCUGCAAAAACGGAAAUUGAAAAAUUGAAGCUUUCUGAAUUGACUUGUCGGCAGGGGGUUAUUGAAGUAGCCAAAAUUAUUUACGGAGUACAUGAUGAGGCAAAGGACAAGGACUUCGAAUUGGAAAUGAGUUGGAUCUGUGAUGAAUCAAACCGCCAACAUCAGAAGGUCCCAGAGAAUCUCCUAGAGGAAGCAAAGGCAGCUGCUAAAGCUGCCCUGGAAGAAAUGGAUGCUGAUUAAGGAAGUUGGAAAUUUAUAGGUGUUCUUACUGUGCUGCAAUUGCUUUAUUUAGUUUCAGAGUGUCUGAUUUGAGCAUCCUGUAAGAAUUUUUCAAGGAUUCAGGAAGUGAUAAACUUAAUGUGAUUUUCAUACUGCAUUGUUGUACUUUUCUUAAUCAAAUUGAGAUUUCUCUCUCCUAACCAGCUGAUCCUUUGAAAAUUUUAAUAUUAUCAAGAGUCGUGGAUGAUUUGCAAAUGCAGCAA